AUGGCGGAAGUGCGACAACAGGUUCCUGGUGGCGUGGGCGGCGCCCAGCGCCCCCGUGCUGGUAGGUCGGUGGGGGCGGCGGCGCCUUGGGUAGGACACCCGGUGGGAGGAGGCGCGCUGGGCGGCGAGAUCCAGGGAGGAGGAGGGUGGCGGCGCGAUCCAGGGAGGAGGGCGGCGGCGGUCAGGGAAGGGGAUCGGGGUAGCGGCUGUGGUGGGGUGGGCUUUUCUAUAAAAAUCGGUCCGGUGGGCUUUUCGGGAUCUUAG